AUGCUGGGACGGAAAGUUGUCUGCUCAUACCUCCAGACUUGGCCUUUGCGGGUCAUCAACCACUGCGAGAAGCUGAGAGCAAAACCAGCAUCACUGUGCGCACAACGGGGACGAGCAGAACUUGGAUCAUUCAGACGAUCAUCCAAUUUACCAUGAAGUCGAUAUGCCUUCUCCUCCUGGCUUCUCUCGUGCUCUGCAACUUGGCGGUGUCUGGAGGACAGGGCAUCCCCGCUGACGAUGACACGGACCGGAGGACCAUCGACGAUAUCCUCCUACAGGGAGCAGGGAGUCUCCUGAUACGCUCCAUCCUCAAAAAGAUGCAUGAGGAAGACGACAGAAACGACGGAUUUUCCUCUCAGCCAGAAUGGGUGACAAAAAGACAGCAUCCCGGUAAGAGAUACAGCGACGAUUUGGAGAAGCGGCAGCAUCCGGGGAGGAGAGAGGAGGACGAGGACGAUGAGUACAUGGACGUUCAAAAGAGACAGCACCCGGGAAAACGCGACGAUGAAACGCACCAGUACACGGAGUUCCAGAAAAGGCAGCACCCAGGGAAGCGCUCCACGAUGGGCUACAUUUCUGACGAGCCCGUGGUGCUCCUGGAGAGCGAACUUUCUAAACGCCAGCACCCUGGCAAGCGCUACCUGCUGGUGCACAGCAAACGCCAGCACCCAGGUAAACGCCAGGGAGAGGGCGAGGAGGGAGACGUGGACUGGGACGCGGACGGAGACGAAGACCUCACGGGGUUGGAGAAGCGGCAACACCCCGGGAAACGGUUUUGGGAUAACGCAAGUCCAGAUUUGGGCACAAACAGUCCGUGCGAUGUUUUGGACCCUACGAGCUGCAGCAAGUCCAAUCUGCUGCUCGACUUUUUAGACAACAUCAACAAGAGCCACGCCGAGGAGAAGAGACAACACCCGGGGAAAAGGUUUGCACCAGAGCAGGAUCUAGUGACAGGAGAGUAGAGAGUGAAGAAAACUACCUCUGCUGUGCGUAAACUGAUGUAUUGUAAACAAAUCAAUGUGAAAAUUAAGUGACCAUAAUGAAUUAUUAAAGUUGGAAAAAAGAAAUUACAUCCUUUGACAUUUUGUGCAGCUGUUUUUUUUCAUUUGGCAAAUUACUGUAUCAUCAUUGCAAAACAUGAACCUGCUGUUUAUUUACUUGGGGAGCUUGUGCGUAGGUAAGAUUAAUAAUGACUUCUCACAAGAGGGCGUGUCCUAUGUUAAACUUCAAGAAUUAAUUGUAGUUAUAAUUAGAAUUAGCAUUAUUUAGUAUUUUUUCAGUUGAUGAUGAAGUCAAGUCCAAUAUGGAAGCAUUAGUCUACUGGCUUUUGCGACGUCGCCUCUGUGAGGCAACAGACGCUCGUCAGUACAGUUCAUGCUUGAAUCCAAUCAAAGUGGCUGCGUUCACACUUAACGCAGAGAAACGUCAUUCACUCACUGAUUUGCUUCAUUCUUUUGUACUUAUGUAAAAUAUAACGAGUACCACCGCAAAUAAAUUGUGUCAGUUAUUAUUUUUCUACAUAUUCUUGCAUGGAUUGAGUUUAUUUAACCUAAUGUUGUAAAUUGGAAGAAGAAAAAACUAACACCAAUGUUUUUGUUGGACAAUAAAGUGCAUUGGUCAAAAUGUA